UAUUAUUAGUAGUAGUACUGUCAUUACAUUAAGUCAUAUAUUUCUGUCACAGUAUCUUCAAGCUAAACCAAACUUAUAUUUUGAUGGGUCGCUGUGAAGACCUUUAAGUUUCUGUUUGUAUAUGAUAUGACGAUAGUUUUCUCACAAGAAACAGUAAAGUUCUAGAGAUUAUAUUUAUUUGUUCCCCCUGAUAGCACACAUACAUCAUGGAGACAUCUAUUUGACGUCUGCAUUUACAUCUGCAAGACGUAUUUUUUAGAGUGUUUGCUCAUCUGCAAUACGUCUAUUGGACGUUUCUUAUCGGAUGUCAAACAGAUGUAUAUAAGAUGUCUUUAAGAUAUUUAUGAUUUAAAAUGUAUGUAAAACUAACAUCUUACAGACGUCUGUCAGAUGUUUGUACAUCGCAGAUGUUUUCCAGAUCAAAUGAUCUUUAACAGACAUCUUGCAGACGUAUGUGUGCUAUCUGGGCCUGUAUUCGUAUAUUGAGGUGGCAAAGGCUGAAAACACCGCCAAUGUCACGUGCGCUUCAGUAUGUGUACCCUGAUAGCACACAUCACAGAGACGUCUAUUUAACGUCUGCAUUUACAUCUACAAAUGUAUUUUUCAAAUGGACGUUUGCUAUCGGAUGUCAAAUGGACGUCUAUUAGAUGUCUUUAAGAUGUUUAUGAUUUAGAAUUUAUGUAAAACUAACAUAUGACAGCAGAUGCUUUCCAGAUCAAGUGAUCUUUAACAGACAUCUUGUAGACAUAUAUGUGGUAUCUGUGUAGAAAACGAACACGCAUCUACGCCAUUCAUUCAAACAGAGAUAUGCAGAACAUGCAGGAUUCAUAUUAAAAUAUUUUUGUGGCUUAGUAUUCACAGACACGUGUUAGUUUACUGACCUAGUUUUGAUUUAUUCAUCCAAAAUUCAGUAAAUCCCGUGACAUUCUGCGUUAUACAGUAAAUUCCAUUUUUAUGACUGGAUUCCGUGUUUUCCGCAUCACGGAAAUCAUAGGGCUUAAAGCUUGGGAAUGUAAACAUGGCUCUUAAUGCCAUGUAGUAGUGUACUCUGUAUAUGUUAAGCCAUAGCAUAUACAGCUUUCCUUUAAAGGUUGAGUAAUGUUUCUGAAACACGUGUGAGCCAGGGCCAAGACAAUGUUAUUACCUUAUAAAAACACAGGGCUGGGAAAUUACCCUCACAUCUUGAAAGCUCCAGAACUUGCCAGCAUUUAGAAGGGUCUCAGGUUCAGUUCGCAGCUUGUUGUGACGUCCAGCCAAGCCCUCUGCUGACAUGAUGCUAUCAGACUCUUUAAAUAGGGGCGAGCGGGAUACUCAAGACUGGAAAACACUGAAGCUGCCUCAUAGACAAACAAGACCUAGAAGUGAAGACCACAGUUAGAAAGCAACAGGAAAAUAGAGAGUCCAAACACAGAGAUCCAGUAAAACCAUGGCAAAAAUAAGUGCUGAAGAAAUGCCGCGUCAGUUCACGAAGAUCUCUCUCCACGAGGUGGAUGAAAGAGUUCGUCUCUUGGCUGAAAAGGUGUACGCUUCAGCUCUAAAGGAAGAAGACAAUAAGAACACCAUGUCAAUGUUCACCGUCCCUGAGGACUGUCCUAUCGGCUUGCAUCAGGCCAAGGAGCGGGAGCUACGCAAAGAAAUACAGGAGCAGAUGUCAGAGGAAUCGGUCAAAAGGAAACAGAGUUUCAAGAUGAUACGAUCCCAGUCAGUGUGCUUGCAAAUGCCUGUCAAUCUAGACUGGUCGAUGAUUUCACCCAUGCUGACUCCGUCCUCACCUACUGGCCCUAUAUUUGUCAAUAUCCCAGAAUUCCAGAGGGUCACUAUCAGCGGAGACUACUGUGCAGGGAUAACUGUUGAGGACUAUGAGCAAGCAGCAAAAGCCCUGCUGACAGCACUCUUCAUCAGAGAGAAAUAUUCCCGGCUGGCAUAUCAUCGCUUUCCCAGGACCACUGCCAAGUUUCUAAGGAGUGCCAAUAAUGAGAAAUGGAGUGAGGAGGAAGAAGUGCUGCCAGAUGUCUGGCCCGCAUCAAGUGAGGGUGAGGAUCCAUACAGUAUGGAAGACCUUCCACAGAAUCUGAACUACCCCCUGAGGAUGAAAGACGGAAUCAUAUACGUCUAUGAUAAUGAGGACGCCUUAAAACAAGAUCAGCCACGGAGCUUACCAUAUCCUGAUUUGGAAACCUUUGCUAUUGACAUGAGCCACGUCCUUGCCAUGAUUGCAGACGGACCAACGAAGACCUAUUGUCACAGAAGGCUUAACUUCCUGAUGUCCAAAUUCCAACUACAUGAAAUGCUGAAUGAGAUGGCUGAACUCAAGGAACUGAAAAGCGUUCCUCACAGAGACUUCUACAACGUCAGAAAGGUUGAUACGCACAUUCACGCAGCUGCCUGCAUGAACCAGAAGCAUCUACUGAAGUUCAUCAAGGACACAUAUAAGACAGAAGCAGACCGGGUUGUGGCAGAGAAGGGCGGAAAGAAAGUCACGCUCAAACAGGUGUUUGACAAUCUAAAAAUGGACCCGUAUGAUCUCACAGUAGACUCAUUGGAUGUACAUGCGGGCAGACAAACAUUUCAUCGCUUUGAUAAAUUCAAUUCCAAAUACAACCCAGUAGGUGCUAGUGAGCUCAGAGAGAUCUACCUCAAAAGCGAUAACUACAUCAACGGAGAAUACUUUGCACGUCUCAUCAAGGAGGUUGCUCAAGAACUGGAGGAGAGUAAAUAUCAGCACGCAGAGCCCCGUCUCUCAAUUUACGGCCGAGCUCCUGAAGAGUGGGAUAGCCUGUCCAAAUGGUUUAUCAACCAGAAGUUGCACUCCCCUAACAUGAGAUGGAUCAUACAGGUGCCCAGGAUCUAUGACAUUUUCAGAUCCAAGAAGAUUUUUCCCAACUUCGCCAAGAUGCUAGAGAACAUCUUCCUCCCACUGUUUCAGGCCACCGUUAACCCUCAGAAAUACAAAGAAAUGCAUGUCUUCCUCAAACAUGUGACAGGGUUUGACAGUGUGGAUGAUGAGUCCAAACACAGUGAUCACAUAUUCACCUAUAAGAGUCCAAAACCUCAGGAGUGGACCAUGGAGGAAAACCCACCGUACACUUACUACCUAUUCCACAUGUAUGCCAACAUCAUGGUUCUCAACAACCUACGAAAGGAACGUGGUCUCAAUACCUUCCAGUUCCGUCCCCACUGUGGAGAGGCUGGAUCCAUCACCCAUCUGGUGUCAGCCUUCCUGACAGCUGACAACAUCUCUCAUGGACUCAACCUGAAGAAGAGUCCUGUCCUGCAGUACCUGUAUUAUUUGGCCCAGGUACCCAUUGCUAUGUCUCCACUCAGCAAUAACAGCCUAUUCUUAGAGUAUUCCAAGAAUCCCCUCAGGGAGUUCCUGCAGAAGGGCCUGUGUGUGUCCCUCUCCACGGAUGACCCGUUACAGUUCCACUACACAAAGGAAGCUUUGAUGGAGGAGUAUGCCAUUGCAGCACAACUGUGGAAACUAAGCACGUGCGACACGUGUGAGAUCGCCAGAAAUAGUGUGCUUCAGAGCGGUCUGUCUCAUCAGGAGAAGAAACACUUCCUGGGUGAGAAUUAUCUGCAGGAUGGACCAGAGGGAAAUGACAUCCGAAAGACAAAUGUGGCACAGAUCCGUAUGGCCUAUCGGCACGAGACCUUGUGCAAUGAGCUCAGCUUCCUAGUGGAUGCCGUCAAAUCAGUGGCAGUGGCUGAAAAAGAUGCAGCAGAGUGAAUGAUAGGCUAUAAGAUGGGUUCAUAUAAGUGGACCAGACAUUAGUAUAAAACCCUAUCUUGCUACAGGUGAUGUUCCAGAGAGCUAUGGAAAUGCAUCAUCCUGGUAGCAAAACAUAGAGUCAUUCGUCUUGGUGCCUUAGGAUGGACAUAUCCUUUCCCAUAGUGCCGGUGAUGGUGAUGGAUAUAUCCAUUUCAUAUCUCAAAUCUGUUUUAUAUUAAAAAAAAUGGGA